AUGGGCAGUUCGGAUGCAAGAAAACCGACCUUUGUACCUGGAGCCUAUUAUACAUCCUUCGAUAACCGCAUACUUAUUAAUGGCGCUCUUCUGAAUCCACCAUAUUUUCAUGAUAAUCAAAGUAUUCCCGAAAGAUAUGGAGCAUUGGGUUGGCUCAUUGCUCAUGAAUUGUUGCAUGCUAUUGAUAUAUCAGGUAUACUUAUCGAUGAGAACGGAAAUCAAAGGCCACACAGUAUAUCGCAUCAAGGAUUUCUCACGAUCUUGAAGAGAACAGAAUGCCUGCGUAAACAAUACAAAAAUUACGAAUCUACAAGUGAAAGGAGCUCGGCAGUUAAAGCUCAGGGAGAAAUUCUUUCAGAUAACGGUGGUAUGAGAGCAGCAUUCAAGACAUACCAAAGACUGUUGAAGAAUCCUGCAAAUCAAACAAAUGAAAGCUCGGAAUCCCCUUUCGCUUCUGAACGAUCGUUUUUCCUUAAUUUUGCUCAGACAUUCUGUGAGAAGUAUACUUUACAAGGAUUAUUUAAACAUAUGAGUGAUACUGAACACGUGAUAGGUCAAUACAGAGUAAUCGGUGUCCUGUCAAAUAGCAAAAUGUUCUCAAAGGCAUACAACUGUCCAAAAGACUCACCAAUGAAUCCAAGUGAAAAGUGUUAUGUAUGGUGAAAGAAUCAAUGUUCAUUUAUGUGAACUUAUAAAUAUACUUCCGUGUUCUCAUAUCUGAAAGAAACUGAAUUGUACUCUUG